CUUUCUUGCCCCUCAGUGAAGGGGGUCAAUUUCUACGGCCCGCACAGCGAGUUUGUUGUGAGCGGCAGUGAUUGUGGCCACAUCUACCUGUGGGACAAGACCUCUGCACAGAUCAUCCAGUUCAUGGAGGGGGACAAGGGGGGCGUGGUGAACUGUUUGGAGCCCCACCCUCACCUCCCGGUCCUGGCCACUAGUGGGCUGGACCACGAUGUUAAGAUUUGGGCACCCACCGCUGAGACCACCACUGGGCUGAAGGGGCUGAAAGAGGUGAUGAAGAAGAACAAGCGGGAGAGGGACGAGGACAGCAUCCGGCACGGCGACCAGUACGACACGCAGCUGCUGUGGUUCCUCAUGAGACACAUGAGGAACAGGCGACCCCAGAGGGCCCGACGGGGUGAGGCCGGGGCGGGCGACGGCGAUUCGGACGAAUCGUGGAGCUCGGCGGACUCCUCUGACGAAGACUCCACGGGUCCCGAUCACGUCCAGUGCAUGUCCUCCUGAGAGUGACCGACCGCCUGACCGACGCCCCUCUGACCCAGAGACUGACGGACAGGCUGUAGCGCACGCACACACACACACACAC